ACAGGGCUCCGCUGUACGAGUACAAUAGUCUACUAGUACGAGCACUCGAGAACCGUACUCAGUACUAUGGACUGCCGUGCCUACCCUAACAACGAACCCGAGACAUUCACUACCUGUCAACUUGGGUGUUAGUUUAAGUUAUCCCGCGAGGAGAAAGGGAAUUGGGGGGGUCACAUCUCUCGUUUCCUUGCCCGCAAUCAAAUUACUACCACCGUUUACCGCCGUUCGGUCGACACACCCUUUGCGCAGUAUCGGGUACUAUAUAGAGUUUUCUCUUAUUUUUCUCCUCCUCUUGUUUCUUCUCUUUCCUCAGCUUUGUCCUGUUCUGGUGUGGGGGAGGGGAACUUCCGGUUGGGCUUGGCUUUUAGAAUCUCAAUCACAGGAACGAGCUUUGGAUUAGACACGCUCUUGUUCCCUUACCAGCUAUGGAUCCGUUUACUUUUGCGAGCUCGAGGUCGCUGGGGACGAAUGUUGAAGUGAGGAUGUGAGGGGCCUUUCCUAUGUUCCCGUAGCUAGGCCCGUGGCUGGCCCUGCCGAUGCUGAUGGUGGUGACGAUGGCUAUAGUGAUUCACUUGAAGGACAACGGUUCUCCCUAGCUUAUACGACACUUAUGGCGGACCCUAGUUUAAAGCACGUUGGGUCGAAUACGGCGUAUGUAUUCCCCUCUCCCUUCUUUUCCAUGCUAUUCCUGAGGGAUGAAGGGGUGGGGUGAGCUGAUGGGAUAAAGGCCGUAUUCGGAUAUGUAUGUUACUGCGCAGCUGUUUGCUGAUAGCAAACCGUUAGCGGUUCCGGUACAAACCUCUUACAAAGCGUUUAAGAAUCAGAGAUUGCAAGUGCUACUAAGUGCUACUCUUUUCUCUUGGAUGGGAUCUCCCGGGUCGGGGCUAAUAUGGGGGAAUGGGUAUAGGUGGUCAGAAUGGCUCACGGUGCCGGUGAAGUAUUGCGAUUUACCUUUGUCGUCACAGCUCGCCAUCACAUUAUGGGAUUUGGCUGGCCCAGGCAGGCCCGUGCCGUUUGGGGGGACUACGGUGGCUUUGUUCGAGAAGGAUAAGUACGUUCUGGGUCAAUAUUGCAGGCCUUUGCCUUUGCCUAAUGCCGUUCAAAUUACAGUAACCUCAAGAAAGGCCGACAGAAGUGUAAGGUCUGGCUUGGAGUUGAAGCCGAUGGCCUGAGUGACACUACUACCCCAAGCACUAUUGAAUCGCAUAGUGAGAUGGACCGUCUCGAGAAGGUAGGUCCCCCUAUCGUUGUUCGGGCAUAACAGACAGACAAGCGCUAACCGCUGGGAUAGCUCUUCAAGAAACAUGAGCUUAAGGAGCUCCCCCGAAUAGACUGGCUGGAUAACCUAGCGUUUCGCCAAAUAGAAAGAAUCAACAAGGAAGCUACAACUGAGAAUAAGAACGACCAUUACCUCUUCAUCGACUUUCCCAGGUUUGAUUUUCCGAUUGUCUUUGCCGACUUUGAAUACUUGAAUAAUAAUCGCCGGGAUCCAUCGAAUCUUUCGCCCACAACUUCCACAGUCCCUUCCUCCUCGGCCCCGCAGCGUUCGGGUCAGGCUGCCGGCCUUGGGAGCGGGAGUGGGUCAAGCUCUGAUAGGAUGAUAAUGCCGGUUUACGACCCUGAGAACCCUCGGGAUAAUCCGGCAGAGUCUAAGCAUCGGAGGCUUGUCCGGUCUCACAGGAAUGGCCCUCUUGAUAGGGACUUGAAGCCGAAUGCUAAAAUCCGUGAUGAGCUUAACGAGAUACUGAAUUAUAGCCCGACGCACGACCUUGCUGGUGCGGAGAAGGACUUGCUGUGGAAGUUCAGAUUCUACCUUACGAGGGACAAGAGGGGGCUCACCAAGUUUCUCAAGAGCGUGGCUUGGGGGGAUCCGGCGGAGAGUAAGCAGGCUGCCCAAUUGUUACCCAAAUGGACCGAGAUUGACGUUGAUGAUGCCCUCGAGCUUCUGGGUCCUGGAUUUGAUAAUCCUGCUGUUAGAGCGUAUGCAGUGGAUCGGCUGAGGAAGGCUGAUGAUAACGUAUGCUCCCUUAUGCCUCCUUGCCCUUUUGUGUCCGUCUCACGCAUAUUCUAGGAUUUGCAAUUAUAUCUUCUGCAGCUGGUACAAGCGCUCAAAUUCGAGAAGAUCAGAACAGAGACAGGACCAGAUGCGGCUGCAGACUCGAGUCUAGUGAACUUCCUGAUUUCGAGAGCUUGCAUGAACGAGACCUUGGGCAACUUUUUCUACUGGUAUCUCAUGGUUGAGACGGAGGAUACCAAUCAGGAGUACAAGAAGCUGUUCAGCAAAGUUGCAUACCAGUUCCAGGUUGCACUGACUAGAAUGCCGGAUGGUGAUAAAAAGCGGGCGAUCCUGAAACGACAGGCAGAAUUUGUUUUCGGGAUUGGUGAAAUAUCAAAGGAGAUACAAAGCAACAAAGAUAACCGGCCCAAGAAAGUUGAGCGCCUGAAACAUGCGUUGUCCGAUCCCAAGAAUGAAUUGCUCUCUUUUGAGCCAGUUCCUUUGCCUUUAGAUCCUAGUGUUACGGUUGUUGGGUGUUUUCCGGGUAUCAUAUUCAUUUCCGCCUCCAGGUCGCGUGAAUCCUUGCUAACCUUACUUCCAAGAGUCUUCCAAUGUCUUUAAGUCGUCACUAUUCCCACUUCUCAUACAUCUGAAGACGGAUAAGGGCGAGAGAUAUCCUAUAAUUUUCAAGACCGGUGACGACCUUCGUCAGGACCAAUUGGUCAUCCAGAUUGUAACUUUGAUGGACAAUCUUCUAAGGAAGGAAAAUCUAGAUCUGAAGCUUACACCCUAUCGAAUUCUUGCCACUAGCGCAUUUACUGGUGUUGUGCAGUUCGUCGACUCCUUGAGUCUUGCGAGUAUCGAGCGAGGUGUAAGCCUUGUGGCUGGAAUCCUACCAUACCUAAGGUCGAACAAUCCCGACCCCAUGCAGGAAUAUGGAGUGAGGGCUGAGGUGAUGGAUACGUAUGUCAAGAGCUGUGCUGGGUAUUGCGUAAUUACGUAUAUUCUGGGUGUUGGCGAUCGACAUUUAGAUAAUCUUCUAUUGACACCUGAUGGUAUACUACUCUCUCUCUCCCGUCCCGUCUUCAUUUCUUAUUUCUUAUGGAAUGUUGUACAAACGAUGUGAUAGGCCACUUCUUCCACGCCGACUUUGGCUUCAUCCUCGGCCGAGAUCCAAAACCCUUUGCCCCCGCCAUGAAACUUUGCAAAGAAAUGGUGGACGGGAUGGGUGGUGCGAAUUCCCGGCACUACAACGAUUUCAAAAAUUACUGCUACACGGCGUACACCACGCUGCGCAAGUCCUCGAACCUGAUACUCAAUUUGUUCGCACUGAUGGUCGACGCCAAUAUUCCGGACAUCCGAUUGGAGCCUGAUAAGGCAGUGCUGAAGGUUAAGGAUAGGUUUUGUCUGGAGAUGACGGAGGAGGAUGCCAUCAAGCAUUUUAGGAUUCUGAUCGACGAUAGCAUGAACAGUGUUUUACCAGUGCUGAUUGAUAGGAUGCAUGGGCUUGCGCAGAAGUGGAGGAAGUAAUUUGGAGGGGAGUUGGUCAGGAGAUGUUCCGGGCGUCGGCCUGUCUAUCCCCUUGUACGAUAUAAAUUCUCUCCGCCAAGCGUUUUCAGUCUGUGGACAGCUUGGGAGGCGGGAGGGAAAUACAAUAGUGCAAUGAUAUAUCUGGUAUUACAAACUAGGUUUAUGGUUCAGAAAAAAGAAGGUUGCCAUCUAGCAAGUAAAAUGAGAUAAAAGGGAAAAUCCCGUAAAGACCCAACCAAAGUAUUUAUCUAUCCAUCCAUCCACGUCCGACCCCGAACUGUGACUCUAAACCUCCUUCCCAACAGCGAUCUCCACCUCCCCUUCACUCUUGAACAAAAAUGGAUCCUCCGCCGUGCCCUCCACUCCGGCAGGGAUGUACUUCCUGACAUACCUUUCCACCCACUCCUUCGGAAUUCCUACAGCAUCCCUAAACCCAUUAUUAAUCCUGGUAAUAUACUCCUCUUUAGGAAGCCCAUCUCUAGUUCUUAUCGUGUCCAUGUAGACCAACACAUCCUCCAACACUCUCUCCUCCCCCUUCCCCUGUUCUCCCUCUCCGCCUCCGGGGGAGGAGGAGCAAGUGGAAGUGGAGGGGAGGAGUUUAACCGGGUGUUUAACCCGCUGAUACCAAUACGGCACUCCCUCACUCAGGUCCAAUUGCGCCUCGUCGGAUUCACUAAGUGUAUAGACAACACCGUAUGCAUCGUGGUCGUCGUUGGCAGUGGUGGUUGGGACCAGGUUUGCGUAGCCGCGGGUGUUAAUGUGCCAGCGGUGGUGGGGGAGCAGUGCUGUGCCGAUUAACGUGUGCCCCGGGCAGCGGCGGUGCAUCUGUGUCUGCCAGAGGUUCGAGCCAUAAGCAAAGUAGUAGGUUGGGGGUUUGGUGGUUGUCAUUUUUUUUUUUUGGUUUGGGUUGGGUUGGGAAGUGGAAGCUUUCUUUCGGUGGUGGUGGUGAGGGAUGGAAGCAGGGGGGUGGAAGGGAU